AUGACAACAGCGGUGAACCCAGCCGACCUCUCCGCUUCAGUGUCCCGCCACCACGUUGAACCUGGAGAACUAGGGACGAUGCUGAAACGGUCUCUUCGCUGCUCUGUGCCACCGGACGCCGUGGAAAUGCAAGGUCGACAUGGCAUGGCCAACUGGAGCUUCCACGUCGUUGUCGUCGCAGUGAAGUCAGCCAACGACCAGUACCAAUGGGGUGGCGACGUACAAACGAUCUUACCAUUACAUUGCCAGCGAAGUCUUUUGCAGCAAUGCUUCAUGAAGUAA